AUGACCAGCACCAUUGAAACAACAUCUUACGGCAACGAUAAGAAUAAUAACAUCCUCUCUCCUCCAACAUCCAACAACAAUAAUCAUCAACGAUUUUCAACAAGCGCUACGUCCACAUGCACCAUGGUUUCAACAACAAAUUCUUCGAUUCAAUCCGGAGGCAUUUCAGAAACAUCGAUGGGUAUUAGUUCUUCUUCUUCAUCGGUAACGACCAAGACAACGUCGACAACAACAACAAAUGGUAUUCAGAUUGGAGUUGUUUCAUCACCAUUGAUGAACAUGUUUGAAAAGGAAAUGGUUGUAAAUCCAUGUGGCGCUUCAGUGUUGGAAUUGAGUAAGGAUCAUGUGGUCUUGUUGGUAGUGAUCAAGUGGUUUGGAUGUCCAUUAUGUCAAAGUGUCAUUUCUCGAAUUCAAGAAUAUUUACCAUCGUUUCUCAUGAUGAACAUAGUUCCCAUCAUUUGUCAUCAAGAAAAUGAAGAAAAAGCCUCUUCCAAAUUAGCUCAUACCAAUUUAAUGAACUGUCGUGUCACUUCACAAGUGAAAACUAAUCUCCUGGAGAUGGAUUUGAAAAAAGAAUUUGAAAAUGCCUCAAAACCAGACAUUCCCAAGUUAUUGAAAUUAUUUCCAAAUAUGAAAGGAAUUUUUAAGGAAGGAAAGAAAAAGAGGUUACAAAUAACAUCGAGUUUGGGACAUGAAUUAGAAACUCCUCGAGGAGACCACAAAGGUGCAUCUUCUCCAUUGUCGAAUAGUGUUGCAGAAUCGAAUACUUCAUUCUCCACUCAACUCGAUCAAAUUCUUGAAAAUGUCACCAUGAGAACAUAUUUUAAGGCUUUUCUAAGUAAUAUUUUCAGUUUGGAAUUGGUCAUGUUUAUUGAACAAGUGAAUGUAUACAAGGUGUUGUGUAAAGCACACACUUCCAAAAUGCAAAAACAAUUACAAAUGCAACAACAAAUGUCAGAAUAUGAAUUGACAAUUAUGGACAUUCAAACACCACCCAAUGAACGAAAUGAACGAGUCUUAUCCUACAAUGGUAAUGAAAUGCAUUCUCUGGGAGAAGAUCAUCAAGUGUGUGCUCAACAAAUUAUUGAGACUUUCUUUGAAGAAGAUUCCAUAUUUGAAAUUAACACCUCUCAAAAAUUGGUCCAACGAAUGAAAUUGAGAAUGCAAAACGAAGGUUGUGUGAUGGAUUUAUUUGAUGAGCUUGUCAGAGACAUCAAAGCAACCAUGCUCUAUCCAUUAUAUUCGUCGUUUGAAACGACUGAUAUUUACAAGUCCAUGAGUGAACGGAUGGAACGAAUGAAAAAAAUGAAAUAA